UUUAAUGAAAGCCCCUGGAUGUUUAUCAUGUUGUUAAAUCGUUUCCUUCAAGUGGGCUCCAGAUGAAGUUAUGGCUUUGUCGAGACAAAGUGAUGCAAACCCACAGGAGGAAGCACACGGAGGGAGAGCCCGGGCUCUUGGGAAGUUUGGGUGAACUAUUUGCAAAAAUCCGCCGAGCCCACCCCUCCGAGACCUUUAUUUCCCCCUGCGGCAGCUGUCAUCCGAUCCCACGCUCCGGCUCUGAAUGGGGCUCUCGGAGGAUGCCAGAUGUUGGGAACAAAGGUCUAAAAAUAAUCUUUCCAAGUAAUCUUCCCGUCCAUCACUGGAGGAGAGCGGGAGCUUUGCUUUGUGCGAACCUGCGAGCCGAGAACCUGAUCCGACCGAAAGAAGUUCAACAGCACCUCCCGGAAUCUGCCUCUGGACUCUUUUUUUUUUCUUUUUUUUUUUUUUUUUUUUCCUUCCCUUUUCCCUUCCCAGAAGGCGCUCAGGGAAAAGCGGCUCAGAGCGCUCAGCCCUCUCCCCGCCUCUCCCUCCCUGCCGAGCCCCGGAGCCGCCCGCAUCCCGAGAGCUCCCGGGCUCCUUCUUCCACCUCUCCCUGCCAAAAUCCCGGGCUGGAGAUGCGUUUGUGUGCAGAGAUCCUCACCGCAGCCCUGUGUGCCCUGCUGCUGCCCCAGCCGGGCUGUGCCAGGGCUCUCUGGAAACGCGCCCUGCUGAAAAUGACCGAGAAAUACGAUGAUUAUGAGUACCCUCUUCAUUCUCACAGCUCCCAGCAGCAGAAGAACGACCGGUGCCCGCCGCCGCCGCAGAGCCUGCCCGAGCGCGCCUGCGAGGUGCCCAGCUGCCGCUCCGACGCCGAGUGCCAGCGCCACAAGCGCUGCUGCUACAACGGCUGCAUCUACGCCUGCCUCGAGUCCGUGCAGCCCCCGCCAGUCUUGGACUGGCUGGUUCAGCCCAAACCCCGCUGGCUGGGAGGCAAUGGGUGGCUUUUGGAUGGCCCAGAGGAAGUCUUACAAGCUGAGGCCUGCAGCACCACGGAGGAUGGGGACGAGCCUCUGCACUGCCCCACGGGCUACGAGUGCCACAUCAUCAACCCGGGCAACACGGCCGAGGGCAUCCCCAACAGGGGCCAGUGCAUCAAGCUCCGGGGCAACCCAGAUGGACACAACCUGAGGCAUAAGUAUUACAAGGAAUAUUUUGGGAGCAAUUCCAACAAUUUGGUCGGCUAUGUGAAAAACCAGCAGAAGCAUUUAGGCUAAUUGAAGGUGCGCCUGGCUGGACCACUCUGGCUUUACCCAGCAGCUUUCUGGUCCCAGAUCUCCACAUCUCCAGCACCCCCUGAUCCCUGCCCAUCACUGGCAAAAAAAUUCAUUAUCCAAGGAACAGGAUGAGUCCAGAUUUUAAGACCACCAGGAAGGGGUGAAAUGCGAUCCCCUGAAGGAAACCACACUGCUUAUCAGCUGCCCUUCUACAAAUGAAAUGCAAACACCUCCAAGGGAUCCCUGUAGGCCACAGUGCCAUGAUCAGGCUGCUGACAGAGCCUGCCCUUCAUGUGCUCCAAUUCAGAUUUCAGGCCUGUGAACACAAGCCAGUGAUGUCAGAAUUCUACCUAAAUAUCAUACCUAAGUUGCUUUAAAAUAGGUGAGACUAAAGAGGUUCUCUGGACCAAGUCCAGUGCCUGCCUGUCUUGAACAACCCCUUUAAAGGAGCCUUUUCACCAGCUUAAAAUUCAAAGAAACCUGCAAGUUUCUUCUUUUCCUAUUUACACCCAGAUAAAAACCAGGCUUGACACCCACUCUAAAUGGCCAAACCUGAAGUCUUAAGAAUUUGAAGACAUUUAAGCUAGGAGCAAAAAUAGCUUUAUAAAUAUUUUUAGGUUACUUUCCUCUUCUCAGUCUGCUGAGCUGCAGAUUGAGAGUUAAUAAUGGAACAGAUUCCUUCCUACAAUAUCCAGGCAGACACACAAAUUCAUGCCAGGUUUUGUAAUGUGCUGGUUUUAGCCAGCACAGUUAAUACCCACUAAAUCUGUGGGUUUGUACCUGCAAAACCUCAGCAAGAGGCCUGAAGUCUGGAUAAUUUGUUAAAUGUGUUAGAAAAUCAAACCCAGGAUAAAUUUGUGUGCUGAAAAGGAUUGUCUGGGAGAUGGGCCACUGCUCCUCAGGAGCCCUGUACCUUUGUGUUGAUCUCCCUAAAUCUUUAAUGUUGGAUGUUGGUAUUUGGGCCUCAUAGCUUCUUUUAGCUGUUUACCAUUAUACAAUGGAAAACACAUUUUCUAUUAAGGUUUUCCUUUCCUGUGGCAGUCCUGAAGGGACAGUUGCAUUUAUUGUGAUAAACCAGCCAGAAUUGUUUGGCAGAAAAGCCACGUUUGCUCCAUGUCCCCAUCUGCAUGCAUGAAAUUAGCAUUUUGAUUUGCACAGUAGUAGCACUGCAUAUGAAUACCCAAUUCACAAAUACAAGUGCCUGCUUCCACUCACAAAAUACAGGAUUUUUUUUUCCCCCACUCACUAAACGAUUUAAGCCAAAUCCAAGACACCUAUAAAACUCCUGAUACUUUGCACAUCACAUUUGCAGCUGGAGAGAGGGAAGGUGCCAAACUGCACUUCUGUUUCCUAUUCUAAACACAGUCCUGGCGGCUUUACAGAGCAAAGGAACAGCUGAAGAGCUCCACAUAUUCCUACAUAUCUUCAUUUGCUGAACUCACUUUUUUCCAAAGUGCAAGAUAUUAAAUAUAGCGCCAUGUUUGGACAAAGCUAUUUCUAGAAUUUUAUCCUAUACAGCUUCCUGCAGUGAGAUCUGAAUUCCUGCUCGGACUCAGGAGCCACAGAACCAGAGAAUUGUGGAAUGGUUUGGCUUGGAAGGGAGUUUGAAGCUCAUCACCUUCCACUAGACCACGUUGUCCAGGCUCCAAUCCAUAUUUUAUAGUUCCAAUCUGUGUUCAGACCAGAAAACUUGUUACUUAUCCUACUGCAGCCUCGCUCCUCAGUGCUGCUGAGUGAUUUUGUUCAGCGUUAACUUCCUGCAGGAAAAAAUCAAAUUCUGAUUAAAUGACCAAAGCCCUCCAGUGAUCACUGCUGGCCCCAAAGGGUAAAUACCAAAAUGUUCUAUUUUAAACUAAAAAAUUCCUGAAACCUUGUGAGGAGCUAGUGGAGAAACUGGUGGUGUUCAUUCACAAAUUUGAAAGAUUAAAACUUCAGAUCUCAACCUAAUCUCUCAAAGCAGCCCAAAGUGGGCACAUUCACUUCAGUGUCUGUUUUCUUUGUAGCUGCAGAAGUUACAAACCACCUGGGUGGGACAGUACAGGUAUUUUCUGCUUGCAAAAGGAAUUAAAAUAAUAAAAAAAAAAAAAAAAGAAAAUUGACAAAUUUAUAAUUUGAUGAUGAAUUUCUGUUUACCGGGUGUUUCACAGCCAUCACCCUCCUUCGUGGUGCUAUAAUGCUCAGGGGGUUUUUUCCAAGUUAAUUCAAGUUAUUAAUUGCCAAACUCAGAAAGAAAAGCCACAGAAGGGGCUUGACAAAGUGCUGUGUUUUCAACAGUGAAACACUGAAAUGUGAAACUCAGACACUGAAAUGAAAACACAGAGCAGGUGAGCUGUCCUCAGCUGCUCUUCUCUCCAGAAACAGGUGCUUUAUCAGCAGCAGAGUAGGAAUGCCUGGUGUAGGAUGUUUUAACAUUUCCAUGACCACUUUGCAGCGUGUUUGGUGCUCUGAUAACCUUCCUGUGUGUCUCUGAGUGCUGCAAUGCCCACGGCCUCCCACAGCCCCGAGGAUCUGGGCAGCCCUCCCUGGUUUGUGCCGUUCAGGUUCCGCUUUGGUGCUCAAUAAAAAGUGACCAGUCUAUUUUUCAA